AUGCACGCGGCGGCGGCGUUCGAUCGGGCCGGGGAGAUCGAGGAGAGGGUGAGGGGAGGGGAGGGGGUGGAGUGCAGGGACAGGGAGGGGCGGACGCCGCUGAUUCUGGCGGCGGGGAAGGGGAAUUUGAGGAGCGUGGAGGCGCUGGUGCGGAUGGGGGCGAAUGUGGACGCGAGGAGUAGGGAUGGGAGGACGGCGAUGUAUAGGGCGGCUGCGAAUGGGGAUUUGGCGGUGGUGGAGGUGAUGGUGGCGGCGGGCGGGGAUCCGACGAUUGGGGAUGUGGAGCAUUGCCGGUCGGCGAUUGGCGUUGCAAGGGAUAAGGGGCAUAUGGACAUAGUAAAAGUUCUAGAGCAAGGCGAAGCAGUGCUUCGCGCAGCUAGGAGUGGGGAGCUCGACACCCUCGAAGCCCUGCUGGAGAAGGGAGCGAACGCGGGCUUCUGUGAUCAAUACGGCUUGACAGCGCUCCAUGUGGCCGCCAUCAAAGGGAACAAGGACGUGGUGAUGAUGCUCGUUGAGUUUGGUGCGGGGGUGGAGUGGCAGGACACUGAAGGCCACACUGCGCUGCAUCUGGCUGUUGAAGGCGGGAGCGUUGAGACCGUUGAGGUUCUCAUUUGCAGAGGAGCUAAUGUGAAUGCCACGACCGCCAAAGGCGCGACCCCACUCCAUGUUUCAAAGCUGAUGGAGUACGAGGACAUAACGAAGCUUCUCCUCGACAAAGGAGCUGCUUUCGUUGCGCCCUCUGAGGUUUGAUAUGGGGUCGCGGUUGCACAACUGCGGCCUUUGUGGUUGUAGCAGUAGAUUUGGUCUGGGAAAAAAAUGGUUUCAAGAGUAUCUAGAAGUGUAGUUAUCUUAGAGAAAAGGUUUGUAAAUGUUUAGGUAUUGCAAUUAAAAUUGUAGUUGUAUCUAUGAUUAUACUUCUCCUUAACCAUUAAUUAUGGGAUCGAGUAAGUUUUAAAAUA